AUGGUAUCGCCCUCUUCACUUGCAUUGAACAGCAUCGUUCCACACUCAACGCGCGCGCACUCUUUGACUCUGCCCAAGCGCUUUCUUUCUCUCUGCGCGCCAAAAGCAGCAAGAACGCGCACUCAUAAAGGUGUUUCUGUUGUCGUCGUAUCUUCAACUUCUUCUCCUUCUUCCGAGGUUUCCACCGAGGAAGAGGAAGAGAAAUGUAUCUUAUGGGAAGCUGCGAAGACGUCCGCGGCGAUGUUGUUCGUAAAAGAUGGAGAAGGGAAAUAUACCGCGUGUAACGACGCGUUGUUGAACAGAAUCGGUUUCAAGAAGGAGGACAUCAUCGGGAAAAACGACGAGGAUAUCUGCAAAAAGAUACAAAAUAUUGCCGAUACCGACGAGGAGCACAAGCGCUUCCACGCGAAACACUCGUAUCGUGGUGAGGCAAUCACCGAUUUACCUAAAAGAUGGGGCACCAACGACUAUCUCGUGAGAAGCGGUCGCAUUGGCGAAGGCAAGAUUUUUAAAGAGCGCUACGCGUCGUUGGUUGACGAUAAGUUCCACGAAGUUUUGGUAUACAAAACCAAGAUGUCCGAAAACGGAACGAUAAGUGGAAUCGCUAUUCCGUACAUGGGCUGA